UUGACAAUUACUGUCAUUCGGUACCGUAACAUACUUCGUGCAUUCCAUGCGUGGGAACGACGUUUGCCCCACUGUUUGGCCAUGUUUCUACUUGCAUAGUGCUUGUUAGUUAGUUUGGCAGUUGGGACUUGGGACUUGGAUUGGCAGUUAGUUGAUCGCCGUUCGGCUCGAGAGUACGUAAGAUGGCUACGAUGUUGUCGCGCACUGCUGCCAUAGUGGAGAACUUUUCCCGUUUUAAUGGGUCCAAGAUCUUGGUGGGCACAAUAGGAUUGGCCAAGCAGCCAGUCCGAAACUUGAAUGUUCAUGAACACAUCAGCUAUACUUUACUCUCCCAGGCCGGGAUUCCUACGCCAAAAUUUGGUGUGGCGAAAACCCCUGAUGAAGCUGCCAAGUUUGCCGCUGAUCUCAAUACAAAAGAUAUAGUACUGAAGGCUCAAGUUCUUGCUGGUGGGCGAGGAAAGGGACACUUCAAGGGCACCAAUGUUAGCGGGGUCAAAAUGUGUGAGACACCUCAGGAAGCUAAGGAACUAGCUUCAAAAAUGCUGGGAAAAUUGUUGAUAACGAAGCAGACUGGGGAAGCUGGUAGGAUAUGCAAUGCUGUUAUGGUUACGCAACGGAUGUUUCCUCGCAAGGAGUUUUAUCUUGCUGUUAUGAUGGAGAGAUCAUUUGGUGGCCCAGUAAUAAUUGCAUCGAGCCAAGGAGGUGUGAAUAUCGAAGAGGUAGCUGCUUCUAAUCCUGAGGCAAUAACUUACGAGCCAAUCGACAUCCAGAAAGGAAUUACUCCGGAUCAAGCUGAACGUAUUGCAACAAAGAUGGGCCUCGGCCAUAUUAAGGAUUACAUUUCUAAAAUGAUCGUCAAUCUAUACGAUAUGUUCCAGAAGAAGGAUGCCUUACUCCUUGAAGUUAAUCCUCUCGCUGAAGACAUCAAUGGAAAAUAUUAUGCUUUGGACUGUAAAUGUAAAUUUGACGACAACGCAGAAUUUAGACAGAAGGAUCUGUUUGCUUUACGAGAUUGGUCUCAAGAGGACCCAAGGGAAGUUGCGGCAGCAAAGUUCGAAUUGAAUUACAUUGCUCUAGAUGGUAACAUUGGAUGUAUGGUCAACGGAGCUGGUUUAGCCAUGGCUACUAUGGAUAUAAUUAAACUUCACGGAGGUGACCCUGCCAAUUUCCUGGAUGUUGGAGGUGGUGCUACCGCUUCUGCUGUUAAAGAAGCUUUCAAAAUCAUCACUUCUGAUCCAAGUGUACAUGCAUUGUUGGUCAACAUAUUUGGUGGAAUUAUGAGAUGUGACGUGAUUGCUGAGGGUAUUAUUGCGGCAACCAAGGAGCUUAGCCUCAACAUUCCCGUGGUUGUGAGACUCCAGGGAACCAAUGUUGAUGAGGCGAAAGCUCUUAUUGCUAAUGCAGGAUUGAAAAUUGUACCAAUCGAUGAUCUGGACGAAGCAGCUCGUGUCGCUGUUAAACUAUCAACUAUAGUGAAGUUGGCACAGUCUGCCAAUCUUAACGUGAAUUUCGAAAUACCACCCAUCUCAUAGAUUUAUGCAUUAGUAUUGCAAAUUUUAAUCAACCAACUUAAAUUUUUAUCCAAAUGUCCUGUCUAGAAGGUAUGCAAGGAUGGUAAUCAUAUUUCGUUGUACUUGUCAAAUAUAUUUUGCAACUCAUUUAUCAAGGCAAAUUUUUAGUACCUAAUUUGAUUUUGAUGGCAACGAAUUUGGAUUCGUCUAUACCUUGAAAUGACAGGGGCUGCUUGAAGAACGAAGAACUGUAUGAAAGUCCGAAAUUCUUCUUAAGUAUGCAGAAUGAUUGGAAUAUAAGCAUAUUUCCUAUUAUUUUAUCUAUUUUCGUUGUGAAAAAAGGAAACCCUCAAUUCAAUUGGAAAUUCGUGAUGAUUCCAACCUUAUAUAACUGCACAAUGAGUCAUUUUUGUCUAGGUGGUAAGCCUUAUUUUCCCGUUCCCUUAUAGAAUUAGAAAAAUCGGGUAUUGAAUAUGAUUUUUUCCACAAGAUAAAAAUUGAAUAAUAGGUACUACAGUGCAGUCAUCAAUCCAUAACCCGCGAUUUGAUCAAAU